AUGAAGUGUGAUAUGGAAACAUUAGCGUCGAAAAUUAGAUAGAAAAUAAAAGGGGAUGAUUUAAUUUUUUGCAAAGACGGAGUAGUGAUUUGACAGUCGAAUGCUAAUUAAGUUAUCCUUCAAAUGUAACCGGUGCACGAACAGCGCUCAACUUUUUGUGCUGGAACGACGUGCCACGCAUAUCGAGAAUUUUUUGUCCCAAAAUUGCAAUUUUCUCAGUUUAAAUAAAUAAUUAAAUGUAUUUAUUAAAUAUAUUAUUAAAAAUAUAUUAAUAAAUAUUUCAUACGAUAUAUUAAAUAUAUAAUAUAUAUUAUAAAUAUAUUAAUUAAAUAUAUUUAAACAUAAUCCAGGCAAAACAAACAAUAAAUUUAUUACUUCUUAGUAAUAAUUUCUAUCCAGUGAUAUAUUAUAUACCGAUGAAUUCCAAAAGAAAGUGACGAAUUAUUGUGCACAAUUUGGUCACUCGUUAUGGUCCGCAAACCAGUUGCCAGCGCAAGAGGUAAAACAAAUAAUAAAUUUUUUACUUCUUAGUAAUAAUUUCUAUCCAGUGAUAUAUUAUACCGAUGAAUUCCAAAAGAAAGCGACGAAUUAUUGCGCACGAUUUGGUCACUCGUUAUGGUCCGCGAACCAGUUGCCAGCGCAAGAAGUUAACUGUAAAGUGAAGAGUUGGCUAGGGCACGAUCAAACUAUGGGAGUCACCCUCGUAUUUAUUAAUCACUUUCAAUCACUGCGUGAUAGGGCAUUCAUUCCAACUUCGGAAGAUGACAGUUUGUUUUCAGAUUUGUCUAAAAUUGAACGAUAA